CCGGCGCUGCCUGGCCCGGCUGGUGGGGUGCGGAGUGUGAGGUGUCCGUGGGCGCCCCCAGCGGCUGUGGGCCUCGCCACGCACUGUGUUCUCUCCUCGCGGCUGGGACCGAGGGUAUCUGAGAGGCGCACGAUGCUGGCGACACUGGCGAGGGUCGCGGCUCUGCGGAGAACCGGCCUUCUCUCUGGUCUGGGCGGCCGGAGGGAGCUGUGGACUGUCCGCCCGCAGUCAGAUACUGACAAUGUGAAGCCAUUGGAGGGUGUAAAAAUUCUGGAUCUAACAAGAGUACUGGCGGGACCUUUUGCUACUAUGAAUUUAGGAGAUCUUGGAGCAGAAGUUAUAAAAGUGGAAAGACCAGGAGCUGGUGAUGAUACACGAACUUGGGGGCCACCUUUUGUGGGGACAGAAAGUACUUAUUUUCUCAGUGUAAACCGAAAUAAAAAAAGUAUAGCUGUUAAUAUCAAGGAUCCAAAAGGGGUAAAAAUCAUCAAAGAGCUUGCAGCUGUUUGUGAUGUAUUUGUGGAGAACUAUGUCCCGGGGAAACUGUCUGCCCUGGGCUUGGGGUACACAGACAUAGACAGGAUCGCUCCGCACGUCGUCUACUGCUCCAUCACAGGCUAUGGCCAGACUGGCCCACUGUCUCAGCGAGCUGGUUAUGACGCGGUGGCCUCUGCUGUUUCUGGCCUGAUGCACAUCACAGGACCUGAGGAUGGCGAUCCAGUUCGUCCCGGAGUGGCCAUGACUGAUCUUGCCACUGGCCUGUAUGCAUAUGGAGCCAUUAUGGCUGGAUUGAUACAAAGAUAUAAAACUGGAAAAGGACUGUUCAUUGAUUGUAACCUACUGUCAUCUCAGGUGGCAUGUUUGACCCAGGUAGCUGCUAAUUACCUGAUUGCCCAAAAGGAAGCAGAACGGUGGGGCACAGCCCACGGCAGUAUUGUUCCUUACCAGGCUUUUAAAACCAAGGAUGGAUAUCUUGUAGUUGGAGCAGGAAAUAACCAGCAGUUUGCUACUGUGUGCAAGAUUUUGAAUUUGCCUGAACUGAUUGAUGACAGCAAGUAUAAGACUAACCAUCUUCGGGUACAGAACAGGAAGGAGCUUAUUAAAAUACUGUCUGCACGGUUUGAGGUGGCAAUGACCAGAGAGUGGUUACACCACUUUGAAGGCAGCGGCGUCCCAUAUGGCCCAAUCAACAAUAUGAAGAAUGUAUUUGCAGAACCACAGGUGUUGCACAAUGGCCUCAUUAUGGAAAUGAAACAUCCGACUGUGGGGAAGAUAUCAGUCCCAGGCCCAGCUGUGAGAUACAGUAAGUUCAAGAUGUCAGAGGCCAGGCCGCCUCCCUUGCUUGGGCAGCACACAACAUACAUCCUGAAGGAAGUCCUCCAAUAUGAUGACAGGGCCAUCGGCGAGCUGCUCAGCACUGGAGUGGUGACCCAACAUGAAGCCAAGUAACAAAGGAAAAGAGCUCUUUCUCAAAAACCACAAUGUGGAUGUAUUUUGCUGGCAAAAGCAGUACUCCUUCUGGACCCUUCUCCCCAGUUCUGGUGCCUGCAACUGAAAAGAGGAGUUAGAUAAACUCCAGGCUUCCUGACUAGUAUUUGGCUUUGGUAUCAAUGAAUCCAGUGCUUUGUGAUGUAUCCCACCUCUCAUUCUUUACCAUCCCCCCCCCCAGAUAAUAGAUUAAUUGUGGAUUUGUGGGACUUUUUUGGUAGAGAUUUCUUUUCUGUAAAAUUACAUUUCUCAUUCUAAUUACACUAAUAGCCUGAACAUUUUCCCUCUUCAGCCCAUGAAGUUCUGAAAAAGAGCAGAUCUCUUGACAUUCUUUACUUGCACAUAAAGUCCUCAUUUAAACCUUUGUUAGAAAGUCAAAGCAAUAAGCAGAAUGACAGUCUCAGUGAUUGAUUUUAAACAGAAUAACUUAAUUUUGAGCUCAUGAGCCCUUUGUUAAUCUUUAAUUUAAACCAUGGACUUUGCAGAUGGCCAUUAUAAAACUGAGCUCCAUUCUCCCCCAUGGGAGUAAAUAUUUGCUUUAUGCUGUAUUUCUCUGACUAUUUCAUGAUACGUAUCAGAACAUUAAUUUCCACCAAUGAAUUCUGGGGUGUAGGUAUCUAUCUGCAUUAGGGGGGUGAAGAGUGGUUCUUUAAUCAAUACCUUAUUUGAGCCAAGUGCAAAUGCAACAAAUUUUUUAUAUGAGUAUCAGAUGACUAUCUAAGUUUUAAAUAAUAUAUAAAUAAUGAAAAAUAGAAUGAAAUGAAAACAGUUUGUGGUAUUAUGGGUACCCACUAUUGAAGAAUGCAUCAUGCUUUGAUACUAAAUAUUUGUAUUUAAGCACUUCAGUAUUUGUCAAUGAAUUCAAGAAUAGAAAACAUCUUCUGUUCAGAAGAUGGUAACUGAAUUGUAUAGAUGUUCCAGAAUACACUGGUCAGACUGCCUAUCACCCACACCCGGGAGACCAAGGAAUCAGAUCACUCCCACAAUCAGUGUCCUGAUAUGAUUGAUCUCAAUCCACGGCUGUUAGGCACACACAUAUUUUAAAGUCAUGUCAUUCUAUACCAAGUGGUAAUGGAAAGUUAAGUUACAGAUAGCUCUUUCAAACUGUGAUUUACAGCUAGUUUCCUUUCUGUGUUCUUUUUUUAUGGGAAUGAUUUCAGGCAUUUAUCCAUGCUGUAAGCCCAAAAUGUGUCUAGAAUCAAGGAUUCCAAAUAAAAAGGAGAUGUCUUCUUA